AGGGGGUUGGACUAGAUGACCUGCAAGGUCCCUUCCAACUCUGUUAAUCUGUUAAAAACUGUUCUUCCUUCCGGUAAGACCGAGAAGAUACUGACGGAGUUUAGCCAGUUCUACCAGGAACAAUAUGGCCUUGCCCUGUUUAACAGCGUCCGCUUUGAGAUUGAAGGGGGAACGGCUCCGCAAGCCCAACUAUUGCAUCGCAAGGUACCUCUGGAAGACCGCAUCAUUUUCUCAGGCAACCUCUUCCAAUACAUAGAAGAAAACAAGAAAUGGAGGAACCGUUUCAGCGUCGUACCCCUCAACUACGGGCUGGUGCUCUACGAAAACAAACUGGCCUAUGAAAGAGGUCUACAGCCCCGAAUUCUCAUCAACAGCGCUGGCUACAAAAUCCUCACCUCCCUGGACCAAUAUUUGGAAUUGAUCGGCAGUAACUUAACGGGUUCCCCAUCCAAGUCAAGCCACGGCUCCAUCGUCAAAUGUCCCACCCAAUUCCCCAUCUUCCUUUGGCAUCCUUACGCCCGCCAUUACUACUUUUGUGUGAUGACCGGCAAGGAGCAGGAGAAGUGGAAGGCCAUUUUCCAAGAUUGUGUGCGCCACUGCAACAAUGGAAUCCCAGAAGAGUCCAAAGUUGAGGCUCCUGCCUUCACCGACGCCGUGCGGAUGUAUCGCCAGUCAAAAGACCAAUACGGCACCUGGGACAUGCUUUGUGGCAACGAAGCCCAGAUCCUGAGCAACCUGGUGAUGGAGGAGCUCCUGCCUGAGCUGAAGAAUACGAUUGGCCCCCGGCUGAAGGGCAAAGAGCAAGAGAGACAACGGGCAUGGAUUCAGAUCUCAGACGCCGUGUACAGGAUGGUGUGUGACCAGGCGACCGCCCAUUACGAUUCCUUAGUGGCCAAAUGCGAGCUUCAGAUCCCUGAAAUGAAGAGCAUCAUCCGAACGGAUAUGGAUCAGAUCAUCCAGUCCAAAGAACAUCUGGCCAACAAAAUCCGAGCCUCCGUCUUCUCCAAAGCUGAGGUCUGCGUCCGGAAUCAUGUCCAACCCUACAUCAGUUCCAUCUUGGAAGCCCUGAUGAUCCCCACCAGCCAGGGGUUUACUGAAGUUCGGGAAGUCUUCUUCAAGGACGUCACUGACAUGAACAUGAAUAUUGUCAACGAAGGAGGGAUAGAGAAGCUGGGAGAGUACAUGGAGAAGCUUUCUCAGCUCGCUUUCCAUCCCGUGAAGAUGCAGUCCUGCUACGAGAAGAUGGACCAGCUGAAGCUGGAAGGUCUCCAGCAGAGGUUUGAUGUCUCGAGUGCUUCCGUGUUCAAGCAGCGUGCCCAGAUCCUGAUGAGGCAGCAAAUGGAUGACACCGUCUAUACUUUUGAGACUCUUCUCCAUCAGGAGCUGGGGAAGUCGUUGAGCAAAGAUGAACUGUGUAAGACAAUCCAGCGCAUCCUGGAGCGGGUGCUCAAGAAAUACGACUAUGACAGCAGCACGGUGCGGAAGAAAUUUUUCCGAGAAGCUCUGCUGCAGGUCACGGUGCCUUUCCUGCUGAAGAAGUUGGCUCCCACUUGCAAAGGGGACCUCUCAAGAUUUCAGGAGCUGAUUUUUGAGGAUUUUGCCCGCUUUAUCCUGGUGGAAAACACGUAUGAAGAGGUGGUGCUGCAGUCUGUGAUGAAAGAUAUCAUGAUGGGUAAGAGUCUUGGGUUCGGUUUUGACUGAGUAGGAUUGUAGCUG